AUGAGUCAUCCAGACUCAAGGCUGCCAACAAGAAUGAUUGUACAGAUCAUCAAGUUUGUGCGCAGGAUCAGCAAUGCCUCAAGGCUACACGCGAAGAUUGUCACUGUCGCAAGGACCAAGCCAAGCAGGCCGCCCGCAGAACAGUUCAAUGUGCUCAAAACUGUCAACAGGCCUUCCCUAGGACAUCUCAGUUUCACGGCUUCCCAGGUUGCAACAUUGCCUGGAAACAGUCAGGUGGUAAACCCAUUGCCCCCAGUUUGCCCCCUGGUUCCUUGGGAUGCAAUUGUGCCUCUGCUGUCCACCCGCCCUUCUACAGGCAAGAGGCCUCUUGAGGUUAGCACGGGCUCUGACACGGGUUCUGUCCCUGCAUCAACCAAACACGCGCAUGCAGAUGACAGUGAAUCUGCCACUGUUGACAAGCUCGACGUCAACCUUGACCUUGAGGCCGAGGACCUUGAUGCCCCCGAGAAGGACAUUCCUACUGGCACUCAGGAGCUCAACAAUGUCGAGGACACAGAUGAAGGUGAGCAGGGCAACAACAACAUCGACAAUGACAAAGAGCCCAAAGAGUCUGAAGAGCCUGAAGAGCAUCAGCCCCAGGUGUCUAAGGGCUUCAGCUAUUGCCCCAAGACUGGUGAGUAUGAUCCCAUCACCCGCAAAGUCCUCUUCACCGCCCAAGAGGCCGAUGACACCUGGGAUCAGGCGUGCGAUGAGCUUGGCCAGGACAUUCCAUUGACACCUGGUCUUUGUACUCUACUUUGCGCUAAUGUUGGUCACCUGCGUGGGGAGUUAAAUACCAAGGCAAAACUUGUUAUUGCCUCCUCGUAUGGGUUUGACGUCAACGUUGAAGGAACCAAUGACGUUGAGGCGGCAAACCGGCAGUUAGCAGAGUGUCUUCUCACAAAAAAUGGAUUCACCUAUCGCGAACUUGAUUCCCUUUGUGGCGCCUUUGGCGCCCUCAUCAUCCAGAGGCCUGAGUUCUUCAAGCCUUUCCCACCCAUUGGCCUAUGCCUGGUCAUGACUGCGAUCUACUGUGCUAUUGACGAAUGGAAGACGGGUACUCAAAAGUCCCUCAAGUUCAGUGAGGCCGUGUACAAGUCCAAGCACAUGGCCUUCAUCAAAAAUCUCAAAAAUCUUGAGUUCGUGUCUCCCACCACACUCAACAACCUCCUUUCCUGCAUCUAUGACAGGGGCAUGUGUCAUGCUGGUAUUGCAGACCAAGCUGAGGAGCCACUUGUCAUGGCUCCUGAUGUACUGGCGGUGGCUGUUGCGGACCUGACGAACUUUUAG